AUCUGUCAGAUGGCUCGGAAGAAGGUGAUCUUUGUGACAUUCCUAUUAUUUCCUUGUCUAAGCAUGAUUGCUUUCUUCAUGUACAACGAUGGUUUAAAAAGGAACAACUUCAAAAAGCUGCCUGAAGCCAACUGCAAACAAAACCCUCCAUAUUUGGUGCUGCUGGUGACCACGGCACACGACCAGAAGAAGGUGCGAAUGGCCAUCCGCAAUACAUGGGGGAAGGAGCGACUCAUCCAUGGGAAGAGAGUGGUCACCUACUUCCUCCUUGGCACCAGUUCCACUCCUAGUACAGAAGAAGACCCUAUUUCAGAAGAACUUAACACCUACAAAGACUUCAUCCAAAAAGACUUCCGAGACACCUAUUACAACCUAACUUUGAAAACAUUAAUGGGCUUAGAAUGGGUUACUCAAUAUUGCCCUCAGACCCACUACAUCAUGAAGACGGACACUGACAUGUUUGUCAAUACGUUUUACCUUGUGGAAUUGCUCAUGCGUAAAAAUCAGACUUCAAAUCUCUUCACAGGGUUUUUAAAGCUAAACGAUGCCCCUAUACGUGAUGUACGCAGCAAGUGGUACAUAAGUAGGAAAGAGUAUGAUGGUGAUAAAUACCCCCCGUUUUGUUCAGGUACGGGCUACGUGUUCUCUGUGGAUGUUGCCCAAAGGAUCUACAAAAUAUCUUUCUCUGUACCGUUCUUUAAACUGGAGGAUGUGUACAUGGGUAUGUGUCUGGACAAAUUGAAUAUCACGCUGCAGGAACUUCACCAGAAGCGAGUAUUUCUUCUAAGCAAACAUACUUUCUCUGUGUGUGCCUUUCGGAACCUUGUGACAUUGCAUGGUGUCCAGCCACAGAAAAUUACACUUUAUUGGGAUGCCUUGCAGAGAACACAAGAUGAACGCUGUUAAGAUGAGAACUAUGAGGU